CGGGAAAUCUGUACCAGCACCCCCCCCCCCAUUGUGUCAAUAAUAACCAAUUAAUUACUUUCUAGUUUUUUGAGUUUUUUCUAAUAAGUCACUAUUCAAAAAUAUAAUAUUUUUAUUGUUAAACUUUUUAAAGCAUAAAAAUUGUUUUUACAUUUUCGAACAUCAUGUCUGUAAUGUUGGGUACUAUUGAUAAACAUUCGAUCACCGAGUCUUACAAAUUUAGUAGUGCUUUUUAUCCAUCUAAAGUGGGUGGAAAACCAGCUUGGUUAGAUUUGUUUAGUAUUCCAGAAGCAAGUGAGCUUGAAUGUUUGAAGUGUAAUAUUCCUCUAGUUUUCUUGUGUCAAUUGUAUGCACCAAUUGAUAUUUACUAUUGUUUCCAUCGAACUUUGUUUGUGUUCUAUUGCAAUGAAUGCAAAGAUGGAAGAACAUUUGCCGUCUUCAGGUCACAGCUGUAUAGAAUAAAUGAAUUCUAUCCAGUUGAACCAGCUGAACCUGAAGAUGCAAUUGUUUCACCUGUUAUGUGUGGAAUAAAAUUAUGUAAAGUAUGCGGAUGCAAGUCGACAGCGGAAUUUGAAAAUAUUUAUUGCAGUUCACACCAUAAAAAUAUUGAUUUAAAUGAAGAAUUGAGAGACAAAUUCAUUGUGAUGUUACCAGAAUAUAUUAUCAAUGAAAUUUCAGAUGAAAAUUCAGAAAAUUCAUCAUUGAAUAGCGAUGAUGAUGAUAGUGAUUGUAGUGAAAAUACUAAUGAGGAGGCUCAUAUUCCAAAAGGAUCUCUGCAAGAUAUGGAUGGUUUAGAUGAAGCUUUGUUAGAAAUGGCUUAUGGAGGUGACAAAGAUGAUGAAUAUUUUGAGAAGUUUAAAAAAUCAAUAUCUUCAGUUCCUGAACAAAUUAUUAGAUACAACCGCUUAGAGUCACCAUUGUGGAUCUGUUCUAAAAACAUUCCCGAGGCUAAUGAUAUUCCAUCUUGCCAAUAUUGUGGUAAUCAAAGAAGUUUUGAGUUUCAAAUAAUGCCACAAAUUUUAUCCUACUUAAAAUUGCCAGAAUCUUCAACUCAAGAAUCAUUCGACUUCGGUGUUUUAGCCGUCUAUACUUGUUCUAAUAGUUGCGAUCCUGGUCAAAAAUAUAAAAAAGAAUUUUUGUGGGAACAGAGUUCACUAUGAUAAAAUAAAUGAUUAUUUUAUAAGAAUAAUUUAUAUUAACAAAGAUAAUUUUCUUUACAUUAACUGUUUAUGAUGUAUGUUCAUGUAUGUUUACAAAUCUAGAUUUGUGAAUAAAUUUUCUAAAGUAAUUUGAUAUUAUUUAUGGAAAUCCAGAUUUAUUUAUUUUGAUAAUUAAUUUUUCUCAAUUAUAAUGUAAAAUAUAUUAUGGCCACAACA